AUAAAUUUGAACAAUUAUUUUAUUGAAAGUUAUAGAAGAGUCGUCUACUUUAAUGAUGGAUUUACCAUUCAAGCUAGACCAGCAGAAUUUGGGAACAGUUUUGGAAAAGAUGAGAAGGUGGAGGGUAUUGUCAAACUAGCUGAACCAUUUGAUGGAUGCGAUCAAUAUACAAAUAUGGCAGAUAUUCGUGGAAAAAUAGCUCUUGUACUAAGAGGUAAAUGUACGUUUGAACAGAAAGGUUUUUUCGCAAACUACAGUGGAGCAAUUGGUCUUAUUAUUAUGGAUAACAAAAACAGUUAUGAGAUGUAUUCAUUUACUUCUAACUCAGCUCCUUAUCAUACCUUAGGUUCUGAGUGUAUUGAUCAUGAUAAAAUAACCAUAGGUGUUGUUGCAAUUGGUAAACAAGCAUCUAUCACCUUGGUACAGCGGGUUAACAACGGUGAUAAUUACAUAACAAUUACAACAAAUGUUUUGAUGGCUGGUAUUCAUCAACCCUGUUCUUAUAAUGAAGAUUGUAGACACUCUCCUAAAGCUGCUGAGUGUCUAAUUGGUAAAUGCCGUUGUACAAGCUAUUUUCGGGAUGUUUGGACAAAUACUGAAUAUUUGUGUGAAGAACACACGGCACUUCCAAAAGCACAUUGUUCCGCAAAAAAUCUUGGAGAAAGCUGUCUCGCUGGUGAAAUUUGUAAAGAUUUUCCCAAUUUAAUAUGCUCUCCAUCUGAUAUUUGCGUUUAUGGUCAGAGUUACAUGACAAGUCCAAUUAUUGGAUCAUCUACUCAAUCUCCAAUCACCGAACAAACAACCAAUUCACUAACAUCGACAUCUACAUCAAUAGGAACAAAAAGAACAUUAUGCGGCGAGGAUCCUUUGAUAAAAAAUGCGUUAAAUUUAGAAGAAGCUAUGAAAACGUUACCCAAAAUUGUUCAACACCCUUUCAACAACACCAUGUAUACCGAGGAUUUGGAAAUUGUGGAGGAAAGUGUAUCGAAACAACAAAUUGCUUUGACACGCUUUCCAAUCGUCACAAUAAAAUGGCUUUACGAUAAGCUUUGCUCCGGAGCUAACGGAAUGAGAAUACUUGAUGCUUCUUGGCAUCUACCAAAUAGUGGUAGACUUGGAAAGGAAGAUUACGAAAAAGAACAUAUAACGGGAGCUCAAUUCUUUGACAUUGAAGAAUGUUCUCAAAGUGACGACCAGACACAACAUAUGCUGCCAACUAAAACACAGUUUGAACAAUAUGUGGGAAAACUGGGAAUAAACAAUAAAACACAUGUGGUUGUGUAUGAUAAUAAUGAAAAGUUUGGCGUAUUCUCUGCUCAAAGAGUUUGGUGGACUUUUAGAGUAUUUGGACACGAUGAAAGUUUGAUAUCCGUUGUCCAAGGCGGUAUGCCUAAAUGGAAAUUGGAAUAUCCAGAAAAAAUUGAACAAAAUGUAGAAAAAGUUUCUACAGAGGUUUAUAAUGCCACCUAUCGCCCUGAAUUGGUUAAAACUUUAGAACAAGUGAAGGAUAUCCUUAAAAAUACUGAAGUCGAACAAAUAUGCGAUGCUAGACCGCCUGGUAGAUUUCAAGGGACAGCUCCUGAGCCUAGAGAAGGCGUAAAGUCCGGAUCUAUGCCUGGUGCCAAAAAUGUAGCCUUUUUCUCUGUUCUGAAUAAUGAUACUAGAGAAUUAAAAUCCAAAGAAGAGAUUGAAUCCAUCUUCAAGGAGAACGGAGUUGAUCUAAGCAAACCACUCUCGAUGACAUGUGGUUCAGAAAACUCUAUUGCGAAGUUUAAAACUGUGACUGUUCUCAUUCAAUAUCGUUAUGAACGCACCAAACGUAAACCCAAGAUUGUAAGGCACGGAUGCCUUAUAGAUUUAUUAAGAGAGUGUAGAGAAGAGUUCGAAAAAGUAAAGGCAGUUGUUGAAGAGGAUAAAAGCAAAUUGGAGGCCUAUUAUCAUUCAGAAGUGUUAGAAAAGUAUGGAAAGAAAACAGAAUUGAAAUUGCAGACUGGCAGGUCUGCAAAUGAUGCUAAGGCUUUGCUAGCGAUUUACAAGAAAUAUCAAUUAAAAGGAACCGAAAAAGAACAAGAAGAGAAAGUGAGAAAUCUUCAAAGAGAGUGUAAUUUUUUUUCUAUUAUUUUUAAUUACUCUGCAGGUAUAUCAGCAUGUACUUUAGCCCUCGCAGCAUAUGUAGCAGGAAAAGAGGAUGUUGCCGUCUAUGACGGAUCCUGGAUAGAAUGGUUUUAUAGAGCUCCGGAUGAACUAAAGCAGAAUGUUCCCCAAUAA